UCAAUAGAAACCAACCCAAAUACAACAUGAACAUUCCAACCGUGUUAGCUUUACCAUAUCCAGCUCAAGGGCAUGUCAAUCCCAUGAUGACCCUCUCACAGAAGCUGGUAGAGCAUGGUUGCAAAGUGCUUUUUCUGAACACCGACUUCAACCAUAAGCGAAUGUUGAGUUCCGUGGUGGAGCUACAAGAAGGCCUUGAUGAUGAAUCACUAUUGAAGUUGGUUUCAAUCCCCGAUGGCUUAGGACCUGAUGAUGACAGAAACGAUCAGAGGAAGCUAUGUGAAACUAUUCCAAGAACCAUGCCUGCAGCACUUGAGAAGUUCAUAGAGGAUAUUCAUGUCAAAGGUGACCACAGAAUAAGCUUCAUUGUUGCAGAUUUGUGCAUGGCAUGGGCGUUAGAUGUUGGGGCUAAACUGGGAAUUAAAGGAGCUGUGUUGUGUCCUGGAUCAGCAACUCUUUUUGCCCUGCUGUACAACGUCCCUAGGCUUAUUCACCAUGGGAUCAUAGAUUCUGAUUAUGGAUUAGCAUUAACCACGAAAAAGACAAUGCGGAUAUCACCAAGUAUGCCAGAAAUGGACACGAGAGACUUUUUUUGGUUGAAUAUGGGUGACCCAAUUAUUGGUAACACAGUUGUGGACUAUUUAGUGCACUGUACACGAAGUUUACAUUUGACAGAAUGGUGGCUUUGCAACACCACACAUGAACUUGAACCUGGCACAUUAUCCUAUAUUCCCAAGAUCCUCCCAAUUGGCCCUUUGUUGAGAAGUCAUGAUAACACAAGUGCUAGUGCAACUACAAAACCAAUGGGAAUGUUUUGGGAAGAAGAUCUCUCCUGCAUGAGUUGGCUCGAUCAACAACCUCAUCGUUCUGUCUUGUAUGUUGCCUUUGGUAGUUUCACUCUUUUCAACCAAACUCAAUUCAAUGAACUAGCUCUUGGAUUAGACCUCACCAAUAGACCUUUUCUUUGGGUUGUACGUCAAGACAAUAAGAUGGUAUACCCUAAUGAAUUCUUGGGGAGUAAAGGUAAGAUUGUUCGUUGGGCUCCUCAACAGAAGGUGCUGAGUCACCCUUCCAUAGCAUGUUUUGUGACCCAUUGUGGUUGGAAUUCUAUUAUGGAAGGUUUGUCCAAUGGGGUUCCUUUGUUGUGCUGGCCAUACUUCGCAGACCAACUUCAUAACAAGACGCAUAUUUGUGAUGAGUUGAAGGUUGGACUGGGAUUUGACUCAAAUGAAAAUGGACUCGUGUCAUGCAAGGAGUUAAAAAUGAAAGUGGAUCAACUCCUUAAUGAUGACAACAUAAAAUCAAGGUCUCUUGGGUUGAAGGAGAAAGUCGUGAACAGCAUAACCAAAGGAGGUCGUUCUUUAGAGAACCUGAAUAGGUUUGUCAAGUGGCUAAAAGAAUAAGCAUUAAAAUUUUGUUCACGUUAGUUAUGCAACUAAGAGAAAACAGACAUUGAACAUAUAAUUAGACCAUGAUGUCCGACACUGAAGAUGGUUUUGAUUCUUGAACAUUACACUUUAACAAGUUUUUAUAGUUGAAAUGU